AUGCUGGCCCAGAGUACCCUAGUGGGUGGAUGGAACGACGGGUAUAACAGCCCAGGGGGUUACCUGAGUGCGCUGCCUAAGAAUUUUCAAGACCAACGAUUCCAUAAAAGAGAUUCGUCGGGGUCAUCUGUAACCUCGCUGGGUCCGCCUUCGCCGCUCAACCAGAACAAUAUAUACCCACAUAUUGUCGCCACAUCUGACUCGAGUUUUCCACCUACCUACGAUUUUGACUACACUCAAACUCCACACACGGCAAAGUCAGAUUCUGCCAUGAUGUACCCCUCGAACUUCGCUGCCGUCGAUAUGAGGAGGAUACACUCGACAGGCGCCGACGAGCGUGCGUCAUAUGCUCUCUCUGCGCCGCAGUCGGUUUCGACAAUGAGUCACAACUCUCCUGCGACGCCGCAUACUACAUAUGAGCCCGAGUACGACGAGAAAAAUGUCUAUGGUGAGGAGAACUCUGGCGAGGACGAGAUGCUGUUCGAUUACUUACAAUUCGACCCAGGCUACACCAAUGCGUACCAGCAGUCAUUGCAAGAUGUCUUUCCCGACCAACACUUUACAAACCCCAUGGCUGCCUACUCACAGGCGCAACCAAACAUGCAGCAGAGAAUGGCCGUCAACGCGCAUAGGCAGAACAUGAUGGCCGACAGACUGCAGGCUGCACAACAAGACCACCUGAGAACAGACUCGCCAACAUCAAAUCCCCGCGACAAGUCGCCCUUCCGGCAAAAUUCUCCCUACAGUAUGCCGGCGCCAACUCAGCGACCUCAGCCUACGCUGCAGAAGCAGCGCACCUCGAUCUCGCCCAAGGAACUGAUGUUGGACGAGCACGACGUUGACGAUCACUCAACGCCACUGUUCGCCGCCGACCAGUCACAAUCCAUGUUCGCAACCCGUAGAACCCCAUCGAACCUCUCGAGUUUCUACACCGCCGCCAGCGAACCGUCAAUACAAGUUCCACCACAAUAUUCGUUUGUCAACCAGCAGUCGAGACAAGUAACUCAGGCAGGAAUGCACGAAAUCAGUCCCGAGUUCCCGGCACACAUGAUCUCGAUGGAGUCAACUGCAGACGAAUCAUCGGAGCCUUCCAGCCAGCAGUCGAUGCAAAGGCCUCGGCCACAGUCACAGGCUGCUGCGCCUCAACCGCAGCCACAAACUCAACAACAACAGCGGCCGGUUGACACAUCAUCUGACUCCGGCACCUACUCGUGUACGUAUCACGGAUGUCACCUGAGAUUUGACACUCCCGCCAAACUCCAGAAGCACAAGAGGGAAGGUCACAGGCAGACUUCGCCGUCGUCAUCCGGGUCGACCAAUUUGGCGCUGCGCAACUCACAAGCUGGGCCGCACCGGUGCGAUCGGAUCAAUCCAAGUACGGGCAAGCCUUGCAACUCGAUCUUUUCUCGGCCGUACGACCUUACGCGACACGAAGAUACUAUUCACAACGCUCGAAAGCAAAAGGUCCGCUGCCAUUUGUGUACCGAGGAGAAAACAUUUUCGCGAAACGAUGCGCUGACACGACACAUGCGCGUGGUUCACCCCGAUGUCGACUGGGUGGGCAAGCAAAAGCGCAAGAAUCAAAAGUGA